AUGCCUCGAGCCUCGUCCAGUCCCAAGCACUUUGAGCAUGUCCUCCUCGACAAAAUCUCCAUCGAUGACCAGAAAUGGGAAUUUCAGGUCCCGAAGCUUCCCACCGCCGAAGCCACGAACAAGCUGAAUCUCAUUAAAAUGGUCAGCCUCUCGACAAAGGACGCUCGCCAUCGUCUCGACCUCCGCUAUGGUCCAGUGGACAUGAACCGUGCCAUCCAAGAUCUCCCUCUGGAUCGGUAUCUCAUCGUUUCCCUCGCCGAGUUCCGCUCCCUUCGAGGUGCCAACCCUUCGUCAUCGUCAGAGGGCGCAGCCGACAAGGUGCUACAGCCAACGACCGCCAGAGAAUGCUCAGAUUAUGCAGUCAGGCUCCUCAAAGCGGGCAUCAGCAUCCACGGUGUGCACUACAACUUCUAUGGCCACAGCAACAGCCAGCUCAAGUCGCGGACAUGCUACCUCUGCGCAGCCUCCAAGGAAGACAUCUCAAGAAAGGUGGAAGCCCUGGGCGACUUUACAAAGAUGAAGACGGUAGCCAAGAAAGCAAAGCGAAUUGGGCUCCUGUUUUCAGUCGCUCGAGCAGCGAUGCAGGUCGAUCCGAAAAUGGUGCAGGAUAUACCGGAUAUCGAAGUAGGAGACUUCAUCUUCACCGAUGGCUGCGGACUAAUUGCGCCGCACCUUGCAAAGGAGCUUUCACGGCGCACAAGGAUCGUGUUUCGAAACAUGAGAUACACCCCUUCGGUCUUUCAGAUCAGAUAUCGCGGCUACAAAGGCGUGGUGACGCUGGAUCCAACCAUGGCAAAGGGGGUGCCCUGGCUGAAGAUGAGGAAGUCGAUGAAGAAAUUCAGCGGAGGCGACGACUUGUCUUUUUCCCCAUAUGUGUUUGGGCAUCUCAACGACGAGGUGAUUGUGCUCCUGGAUGCUUUGGGCAUCAGCCGACAAACCCUUCUUCGCAAGCAGCAAGAACACUUUGAGUUUUUGGCCCAGGCAUAUCACAACCCAAUAGUUGCUUUUCGGAUACUUUGCCAUUUAAACAUGCCAGAGGAUGCCGAAAAGGUCAUCAUCGAUUCCCUGGAUGCUGUACGCCCGACAAUCAACAGGCUUGUCAAGGCAGAAUAUGACAAGAUGCUGAACAAACGCGAUGAGCAAAGAUGCCGCAUCCUCAUCCCGAAAUCCAGACUCUUGUUUGGAGUCUGCGACGCCUGGGGCGUCUUGAAACCGGGCCAAUGUGCCGUCAAGGUCACCAUGGACGGGGACGGACAGCCGUAUGCGCUCAAGGGCACGAAGGUCUUGGUGACGAGAAACCCCUGCUUGCACCCAGGCGAUCUUCAAAAGCUUGACGUUGUGGAGAGGCCUGAGCUUGCGCACCUGGUCGACUGCAUUGUGUUUCCUACGACGGGGCGGCGACCAACCGCGGACAUGAUGUCGGGAGGUGACCUGGAUGGCGAUACGUUCUUCGUCACCUGGGAUCCGGACAUCAUUCCGACGACGGUUUCCCAGGCCGCACACUAUCCGGGAGUUCGUGAGCCCCUGAGAUUCUCCCCCAUUACGGAUGAGGACCGCUUAGUGUACUUUGCCAAAUACACAAACGUGUCGUUGGGCCGCGUCAAGAAUCUCUACCUCAAGUGGGCGAGGGCCACCGGUGCCAUGAGUGCAGAGUGCCAGGAACUCAACCGCCUCUUCUCCCAGUGCGUGGACGGAAAUCGCAUCAAAGAGGAUCACCUCAAGAAAUUCGAGAAACCGCCGGAGCCAGACGCAGAAGCGCCCCCUUUUGUUCUCGACGAGCUGCACGAAGCAGCCAAGGACAUUAUUAUUCAGCAGAAACGCAAUAUGCAAAACCAUAUGGAUGAUAUGGAUGGGUAUACCUUUGACGGUCUCCAACUGCUGCUGUGUAGAGAGGACGUUGCCAUUUCUGAGCCUGAGCUGAUCAGAAUGGCUGUGAGAUGGUGCAGGAGGACAAACACUUCCUUCUACGAACUGAUGCACAUGUUUGACCUGAACUCGCUGAAAGCAGAAGACAAGGCAUGGGUGCUGGCUCAAGUGCCUUCAUACAGCGACGCGCCCAGUCUUAUCUACAACGCUCUCUGUUCAUCGAGUCUGCUCACGGAGGCGGAGCUGAAGCAUUUCCAUCUCAAUUAUCCAGGUCUGCACUGGAAACGCGUCUACACAUCCGAACAGGACCGGCUCGCCACGUUUCUCGAAGCAGCAACUCGAAACCUCGAGCUCUUCCACAAGAAGAUGAUUGUGUUCCGGCCAGAUGAUCGGCUGACAUUGGCCAUGUACGUGCCGCAAAAGAUUACUCCCGCAGAUGACUUCAAGGUUGGCAACCAAGUCAGGCUCUUCGCCUUUCCACACUCCCAGGGAAGGGAAACGCAGAGUAGGCUUUCCUUGCCGACCAAGAAGGAAUAUCGCCUAUAUUGCGAUGAGAACAGACUGCAGCUGUUUGACGGCAACGUGAGGAAUACCUGGGUGUUCAUUGGCCGCGGAGGAUCCAACGACAGCAGCUAUCGAAAUGCUACCCGAGAACAAGACCGCCGGAAAGCAAGGCAGGAAACGCUUGCGAAUGGAACCAACUUCGACUACAGAGCCAGCAUAGCGCUGGACAAGUUUAGCAGGAACCUGCAGACCCAUAUCGGGAGGCUACAGAGACAGGGCAUCUUGGCUGCCGAGAUAUACAUCAUCAGCAACAGAGACGUCAACUCAAUGCGCAACCUGGAUUUGUGGGAAGACUACAUUGGUACAGAGCAGACACUACCCCUAUUUCCGCGCGAGCCCAAAGAGUACGACGUCCCCAAGCUGCAGGAUGUUGAUUGGUCUCUGGGCGCGCAGCCUCCUCUUGUGGUUGAAGUUGUGAGAAGGGGGAAUUUCUCGGCUCUGCAAGAUGUGUUGGAUCCUGCGAGUUUGCAUGAGCUUUUCGACUGGCUGGUGGAGCAUGAGCAGCGAGGCUUACUUACUCGCUGCUACGAACACUUAAUUGCGAGCAUCAAGGACGACAAGGUCAUGGCUCCGGCAGAAACCCUAUCUACCAUGACCGAACUUGUGCACAGAAUGCCCUACGUCUCGGCUACCUUUGCAAUCCUAGGUUCAUGGCGAGGACUUCCCGAGGACCUGAGGGACAUUAUGCAAAAUAGCAGCCUAAUUCUGCUACGGGGCAUCAUUCUCUCGGAAGCGGAGUUUGGAGAGCUUGUGCUGGCUCCUUUUCACACCAUCCUUGACAACGUGGAGUGGCUUUCGCUCGCCUGGUUUGCGGACAUUGUCGAGUUGAUUGCGCUGACCGUCCAUUCGUCGUCUACAGCGCUGGAUCUCCUUCUCGAAGGGCUUGAUAGACAAAGCUUCAGGCUGUUGACAGGACGGCCAGCCAUUGUCCAGAACUUUGUCCGGAACAUGAUUGGAAUUGCCGUGGAGCACAUAGGGGCUGUUCAAGAAGAAGCCAAACUUCGAGACGAGCUCCUGAACAUUCGAACUACCACCGACACUCAAGCAGCAAAUUCACAGCAAGGGUCUCUAGUCGAAGUGUCUUUCAGGAUAGAUGCCAUGGGCGGAACUCCGAUAUCCAAUACCCAUGUACGACUCAUCACAGCCAGCCCGCCAUCCAGCUCGAUAGUGGACGGAAGCUAUUCGAUGGACGGACUGGUGGUCGAGAGCAGGUCUGGCUACACAAAGAUCCAAUGCUUUCAUCCGCCGCCGACGUACAUUGAGAAAUGUUCGUGGGUAUUGGAAGAGUGCGGCUUGUUUGUGACUGCAAAGACAAUGUUGGAUGCUGUUCGUGACCUUGCGACUUUUGAGCACGCAUGCUGUGGCGUGCUUGAUCAAAUUGUCGGCAUCCAGCCUCAAGCAGCUUCCCAGACUGAGGACGACGAUGUGUUUCCGAGUCCGAGUCCACCAGCCGAGGCAGAUGCUUCCUUGAACCCCAGCCAAAGAGCCGCAGUAGAAGCAGCCCAACGCAACAACCUCAUCUGUCUCUGGGGGCCCCCAGGAACAGGCAAAACGCAGACCAUUGUCGCAAUCAUCCGCACGCUGCAAUUCGACCCCCGUAGCGCCAGGAUCCUCGUCACCGCCCCAACUCACAAUGCCGUGGACAAUGUCAUGCGGCGAUACCUCAAGCGGAUCGAGCAAGAAGACGCUCUGCAAAACUCCAAGAUUGUACCCCUGCGCGUGGCUACAGAGGUCCGUAAAGUCGGCGAGGAUCUUCGCAAGUACACGUGUGAUGCUUUGGCUGGCCAGGAGGUGUAUUCCAGUCAGGAUGCCAUGCGAAAGGCGAAGAAGCGUGUCAAGGAGGCGGGAAUCAUCUUUACGACGUGUAUCGGAGCCGGACUGGGACUGUUGAGGGAUCAAUUCUUUGAUACGGUGAUUGUUGAUGAGGCGUCGCAGCAGACGGAACCAGCGUCUCUCGUUCCAUUAAUCAAGGGGUGCCAGAAGGCGAUCCUUGUUGGCGACCACGUCCAGCUGAGGCCUACUGUGCAGAACAUUGCAUUGGCGCUCAAUUUUGACGUCUCGCUCUUUGAGAGACUGUAUACAAGACAGGAAAUGACUCGUGGCAUGGAGAAAGUGAUGCUGGACACGCAAUAUCGAAUGCAUCCGUCCAUAUGCAGCUUCAUCUCAAAGGAGUUUUACGACGGAAAGCUGCUGUCCGGGCUGACAGGCAAGGACAGACCAAUGCCGCCUUCAUCGUUUCCCUGGCCAGAAGCGCCGAGUACCAGUAGCUCGGCCUCGGCUCCUCGGAUGAUCUUCAUCGAAUGUGCCGGAAGAGAAGAUUUGGGCCACAAGUCCAAGUCGAACAAAGAGCAGGCAGACCUGUGCCACUCAAUCUGCAAGCUCCUACGCACGUCUGCCGCCGGGUCUUCAACCGAACCAGAAGCAAACGACGAUGCAUCCAUAGCCGUAUUAACGCCGUAUUCACGCCAAUCAGAGGUCCUGAAGAGACUCCUGAGCGGGAUCCCCAAUAUCGAAAUCUCGAGCAUCGAUGGGUUCCAAGGGAGAGAAGCGGACAUUGUCAUCUUCGUCACUGUACGCUGCAACGAGAGCAGGGAGAUUGGCUUCCUCAAGGACCUGCGUCGGAUGAACGUUGCUCUUACGAGAGCCAAGUACGGGAUGAUUAUCGUAGGCAACAGGGCGACCUUGACGGGAGGGAGGGAGGAGGAAGAGAGCACGGGGAUGUGGAGGAGGCUGUUGGCGGACCUUUCCAGUGUUGUUCUUGAUCUCAACGCAUGA